CAAUUGAUCAACCAGAAAAUGCGAUAAAUAUCAGUGUUAAAACAAAAAGUUUUGAAAAACCACAAGAUUUGAAAAAUAAUAAAAUUACUAUUAAAAUUCCUAACAGGAUGAAGGCUUCUACAGAAUUCUAUGGAAACUCAAACCCUGAUCUGUUGACCUCUGAAACUAAAAACAUAACAGUCACUCAUGUGCUGGCUGUAUACAACCAUGGGCCAAGUCCUUUGUUUGGAGUUACAUUAAACGUUACAUUGCCAAGCCUCCUCAAAGAGAGACCUGAUUUAAUACAAAGAAUAUGCAAGAAUCCGUCUUGUCCCACUUCAUUCGACUGGCAAACCAUAAGCAAAGGAUCUAAUAGACAAGUUAAAAUUGUUUUUAAUGUCAAUGAAAAAAUUCAUUCGGUUAAAAAGGACUUAAAAUAUCUGGAGACGAAAGCUAUCUUGGCUAGAAAAGAUCAUCGACUAUACAUUGCUGAUAAGAAUCAAUGGCCAUGGAAGAUAUCGGUGCAAACUGCCUUCCAAAUAGAACAGGAACCUAUUGCCUGGUGGAUUAUUCUUCUUUGUAUACUUGGUGGCAUUUUUAUUCUUGCUCUCUUUAUUGUUUUGUGUUGGUGGCUUGGAUUCUUCAAGCGCAAUAAAGUCAAUCGUGAUGAAGACCAGAAGUCUUUUGCUGCCAGUGAAAAGUUAUCAAAUGAACCAGAAGAAAAUAAUGUUGUGCCAGAAAAAAACACAAACUCGGAUGACAAAUUUUUAUAGCCUUAUACUCAUUAUUUAAAUUAAUGUGUAUAUUGUGUGUACGUGUGUGUGUACGCUGCGUUUUAAGUACAUGGUUGGCAGUGUGUGUAUAUGUUUGUAUUGGUGUGUGUGUGUUUGAAUGAGAAUUGGAGCGAUGAGGAUGGUGGUGUGUGUGGUGGGGUCUAUUAUCUUUUCUGAGAUAAUUUGGAACAAUCUCAACUCUGUAAAAUUAUAUUCCAUUUCAAAAAGAAUCAUAACUGUUACCAAAUAAGAAUGUAAGGAUGUGUAUUACAAAGAAAAAAAGUAAAAAUGCAGUUAGAAUUUAAAGAGAAAGAGGAGAGAAACGUAUGUGUGUGUGUUAACAUGUAUAUGAAUAUGAAAUCAUAACAAUAGUAAUAUUAAUAAUUUUUUUUAUAAAACUUUUGCCUUCAUUUAAAAAAAAUAGGGAAAUAUUAAUUUAAAAUUGCUUUUUAAAUAUUUAUUUACCAAUUGUUUCCAAAAAUAUUUUAUCUGUGACAGAACCCAUUCCUUAAAUGACUUGAAAAUUCUUCAUCAUUAUCAUUAUUAAUUGGCAGUAUUGUUAGCGUGCUUGAGUUCCAGUCCUGUCGAGGUCAACUUUGCCUUUCACCCUUAGGGGGCAAUAAAAUAAGUACCAGUCAAGUUCUGGGGUCAAUAUAAUUGAUUUCCCACUCCCCUCGGAAAACUGCUGGCCCUGUACCAAAUAUUUGAAACCAUCACUAAGGCAGCAAGCUUUUACAGUUGCCUGCAAACAGGACGAAAUGCUCAGUGGCCUGUCUUAAUGUUCUGAGUUCAAAUUCUGCUGAGGUUGACUUUGCCUUUCAUCUUUUGAAGGUUGAUAGAACGAGUAUCAGUCAAGCACUGGGAAUGAUGUAAUCAACUAUCCCCACUCCCUCAAAAUUUCAGGCCACAUGACUAUAGUAGAAAGGAUUAUUAUUAUAAUUACUAUUAUCAUUCUGAAAGACUCUCAGUUCUUAAUUAUUGGUUGUUCUUUACUUGAAAGCUGGCAAUAACAAAUCAUCAAAGGCUUCCCUUUAGUGCCUUCUCCUGUGACUCAAAGAGACAAUAAUCUCCUUAGAAUUCAAGCUGUACCCAGCAGUGCUCUCUUCUGGAUCACUUCGAGCCUAACAGCAGCUCCGAUAUUCUUAAUAUGUUUUUCAAAACCCUUGGAAACUGCUCCUAAUGCUCCAAUUACCACUGGUAUCACUAUUACUUUCUUCAUGCCCCAUAACUUUCCUAUCUCGUUCCACAGUGGCUGGUAUUUCUCAAUCUUUUCUGUUUCCUUACAUUUCACCCUCGAAUCACCUGGUAUUGCAACACCUAUUAUAUUUGCUUCUUUUUCAUCUUUAUGGAUAAUCACGAUAUCUGGUCAUCUUGUCUCUAUGAUUUGGUUGCACUGCAUGUUAAAAUCCCAGCGUAUUUUGCAAUGUUCAUUUUCGAUUACUUCCUCUGGCUUAUAUUCAUAUCACUGUUUGGCUCUCUCAUGAUUUGCUUUACUGCACAACAGCAAGUGGACAUAUCUGGCCACAUUGUCGUGUCUCCUUUUGUAUUUGUGUUGUAUAAACUUACAGCACUCGCUAACAAUAUAGUUUAUACUUUCUAUCUUCUUAGAGCACAUCCUACUCUAUGGCAAGCCAGUGCUUUUAUUAAUGUGAUGCUUGGAGUAGUUUAUUCUGAAAGUUUGUUCUUGAGUGAUGCACGCUAAUACCUCAGUGGGCCCUUUUAAGUCUCCUUUCUGCAGACAUUGCCUGGUUCUAUUCCAAUCAAUCUCAUCUUUAUUCUUCAAGAACUGACUGUGCAUUUUCUUGUCCUGCCAAAUUUUCUUCAUCUUCUCACUCUGGUCUUUCUUAAAUUGUGUUGGAUCUACGGCUUUGUUCACUUUUAAGGUUCCCUGCAUUUUCACUGCUUCAAUCAUUUCUUCUUUACUCCCUUGACAUACCAAGCCAGGCUAUUCUCCUCUUCCCUUACACAACCUUCACAACACACCAAUCCCCGUCCUCUAUCUCUCCUCUUUACAUAUAAUCUUGACGCGUUGCUGUUGGAAUGUAGUUCCUUGUUCAUUGUCAUUGAGUUACAUGUUCUCCACUCUAUCUCUUGUAAUUCAUUCUUCUUCCAAGAUACUAUUCCUGUGCUAUAUCUCAUCAAAGCAACCGCCCAUGUGUUAAUUGCUCUAAUCUUAUAGCUGCCAUUUAGCUUCGAUUGGAACACAAGCCAAGUUCUCCUUUAAUGCUCUUUCCUGGACAUGUCUUUCAUCUUGUGUUCAAUCAUCUUAUCUUUUUCAAUGACACCCAGGUACUUAUAUGCUUCCUCUCUGACUUUCUUUACAGCUUCACCACUUUCCAGCUUGAUCCCAUGGCUUUUACUGAUUUCCCCCUUUUGAGAAUCAUUACACCACAUUUCUCAAUCCCAAAUUCCAUCCCAAUAUCUUUGCUAAUCAUCUGCACAGUUGCCACUAAACUCUCAAUUUCCUUCUCAGUCUUAGCAAAUAGCUUUAGGUCAUCCAUAAACCACAGGUUGUUUACUUUCACCCUGCCUAGCAUGUACCCCACACGCAGCUUUCUUAAAACACUGGUUAGUGGCAGUAUGUAGACAACAAAUAGGAGAGGCGACAGACUGUCCCCUUGAAAGAUUCCUCUUUUGAUAUUUACCUCCCCCAGAUUAUCUCCCCAUGUUGUGAGUUCAGUUCGCCACAUUGCCAUUGAGUUUUGUAUUAACUUCAGGAUAUUACGGGAGACUUUAAGCAGUUUAAGGCAUUCAAUAAUCCAUGAAUGUUGGACCAUGUCAUAAGCUUUCCUGUAGUCCACCCAUGCCAUUGCCAAAUUUUUGUGUCUCUUUCAGGAAGGGCAUCCGGCCGUAGAAAACUUGCCAAACGCAUAGCGCUGCGUAUAUAUUUGUAAUUGAUCCUUCAUUCCUCCGCUCUUACUGUUCCACUGGUAGUAG